AAAAAGGCGGGUACAGACGCUAUCCACAUUGGCGGCCAUUUUGCCGAAGUUUACAUGGUCUGUGUUUGUUUUGAAGCUUCGAUUUCUGCUUAAUUGUUGAAGAUGGCAAGCAAAACUGGAACGCCGACAAAAUCGUCGAAGAGGACGGUCACUACAACAACUUAUACUCAACGGUCAUCUGAUGAGACUCCUUCCACCAGCAGUGCAUCGCCGGGCCGGCGCGUGAGAUCUCCCUCGCCGGCGAGAAUUACCCGGCAAAUCGAAAAAGACCAACUGCUUAAUCUUAACGAUCGCCUGGCAGCAUAUAUAGACAGGGUUAGAUUUCUGGAAACAGAAAAUAGUAGACUAACAGUUCAGAUCAAAUCCGUCGAGGAGACAGUGAACCGAGACAGGUCGAAUAUAAAAGCUGUGUUUCAGACGGAGAUUGACGAUGCUAGACGUCUGUUGGAUGAGACUGCAAAAGAGAAAGCACGUUUGCAGAUCGAAGUCGGAAAGUACAAAGAAGAAUCGGAAGACUGGAAACUCAAGUACCACAAGAAGGACAGAGAAUUGCGAGAUUCUCAAAACCAAAAUGCAGCCCUCCUCAAAGAAAAUGCUGACCUGGAAAACCGAGCAACGAAUGCGGAGAACCAGAGGAAACUGUUGGAGAAAGAGUGUAAUAAACUUCGGAGCGAUUUGGCCGCACUGGAGCGGCAGUUGGCAACAGCUAAGAAACAGUUGGAGGAUGAGACGUUGCUCCGUGUCGAUCUACAGAACCGAAUUCAGAGUCUCAAAGAGGACCUGUCCUUCAAAACACAGGUGUAUGAACAGGAGUUAAACGAGACUCGAGUAAAAACAACACAAGAGAUCGAGGAAGUGGAUUCAUCUGUACGCAUGGAUUACGAGGCCAAGUUACAAGAUGCACUCCAGAGUUUGCGAGAGGAACAGGACAUUCAGCUGCGUGAGGUUCGCCUCGAGGUCGAAAGUCUCUACGAGAGGAAGGUUGGGGAUGUGCAGUCGGCUCUGGACAGGAGCAUGAACAGCUCGAAUAUGUCUUCACAGGACCUUCUCUCAUCUCGUAAACGCCUUGAUGAGAUGUCAUCCGAGUUAACUAGGCUUCGUGCAGAGAAUGCUGCAUACAUAUCACGCAUCACUGACCUCGAGGCGCAGCUUGCUCGUGACCAGGAGGAAUUCCUCAGUCGAUUAGCCAUGAAAGACCAGGAGAUCGGCGAGCUACGAAUCAUCCUGGAUGAACAGACGCAGGAAUACGCUGACCUCCUGGAUGUCAAAGUUAAACUAGACAAUGAAAUCAUGGCCUACAGGAAACUGCUGGAGGGUGAGGAAGAAAGACUGAACCUGUCACAGUCAUCUUCAUCAUCUGAGUCGACCCCAGGCCGAUCUGGAGCAAGGGGCGCCAAACGCAAGCGCGUGGCACUUUCUGAUACAGUUGAGGAAUUCAGCCAGUCAUCAUCUAGCUCAGGUUUUGCCACAACAUCCUCAGCUAGUGGUCACGUGGAGAUCAAGGAAACGGAUGGCGAAGGAAAAUUCAUCAAGAUUUACAAUACGUCUGAUGAGGACAUUGCUGUUGGUGGUUGGCAGCUAAAGCACACAGCUGGGAAAGACGACAGCGAAAAAUCAACCCUCUACAAAUUUCACAGAAGUCUACUUCUCCGAGCCAACCAGGCCUGCACUGUUUGGAGCUCUGGUAUGGGUCAGACACACAGCCCACCCUCCGACCUGGUGAUGAAAACACAGCAGUGGGUAACUGAUGGUGACAUGAAGACUGUCCUUGUCAACAGUGACGGAGAGGAAGUAGCGUCCAGGGAAAUGUCAAAGACUCUAGCUCGAAGCACACAGUCCUUCCGUACAAGUCGAGGAUUUGAUGAUGUUGACACUGGUCGUGGAAGUGAUCGAUGCUCCAUUAUGUAGGCGUUUAAGCUUGAAGAGGAGUCUGAUAAACUAUUCGGACGAGCAUCAUGAAUGGGAAGAGGUGUAAAUCACAGGCCCCAGCUGUCAUUGCACCAAGAUUCUUCAAAAGUGCUGAUGAUGUUUUCAUUCAGGGUGGAAUGGUAUGGAAUCUCGUUUCUGACAUAUUUGUGUCCUGCGAGUGAACUAUCGCGGGAAUCAAACAUGCGGAUAUAUACACCAAUUAUUCAUAAGGUUAUGAUUUUAUAAUGCAUUCAGGGAAUUGUAAUGUUACUGUGAGGCAUAAAUCAAGCCUUUUUGGACUCCUUUUUUUGUCAAAAAUGCAAGUUUAACUUGUUUACAUGUAUUAUUUAUUGUUUUAAAGCAAUUCAAAUUUGUUAACUUGCUCUCAAAUCAUGUAGUUGUGAUUUAUGGUAAAUUGGAAAUAUUUUUUUCACUCCUUCUGAAGUAAAAACUAAUAAAAAGUGUGAAACAAACAAAUCAAAGCUAAAAGGUUUAGACCUUCAUGGUAUUCUGAAAAUUAAAUUAAGACUUUCCAAUGUAAAUUAUUCGAUUUCUAUUUGGUAACUCCAGCUGUGAUUGGCUAAGAUGAUGAAAACCAUAGAAGCAUGUUGUUGUGUAUUUUCCCAAAAAUUGCGUGAUUGUGUUUCAUUUCAUAAAGUUUCAUUUCUUGCACGCUUUUCUUUGAAAACUGAUCAUUCUGAGUUUAGAAAUUGUUAGGUCGAUGUGGCAUUAUCAUCAAACCCAUUGUCAAUGUGUUGUGAAAAUGAUUAAUCAAAACCUAGUGCUGGUGAUCUAUGUGUGAACCAUUAGCUAGGAUUGUCAUUUGCUGCCUUUUCUACCUCAUUACCAUUUAACAGUCGUGGUCAAAUACGUGGUAGGAAUGGCGAUCUAUAGAUUGGUGGCUUCAUUUUGAGUGAAGAUAGGUACCUACAUCUCGGUUAAGAUCACUGCCAUUCAAAGCCUUCAUUUGUAAUCCAACUUCAUAAUUGAAAAGAUUUAACGACACCGUUACAAGAAAUCAUUUCAGAAAUGUUUUCCAUUUCAAAAAUAUUAAAAAAAUAGUGCUGUGAGGUUCCAUUGAGGUACAACAUUGAAAACAUCUUUUGUCAAAGUGAUGAGGAAAUCUAAUCGUUACAGUACUGAAGUAUAUAUCGGAUGUAGUUCCUGUCAUUUAGGUGUUCACAAAGGAACUUUAUUAACUUAAGUCAUUCGCUUAUAUUUGCUAAUACAAAGAGGCAGCUUAAAACGGUGUAUAUAUUUUAUGGUUAUAACUAUUAUUAGAUUGUAUCUAAAUAUAGACUCAACGCGUACCAAAUUAGUCAAUAUUAUUCAAACAUCACAUUUAUUAAUAGCUAUUUCCAUUAUUCGCAAUCUGAAAUGCAACACUUGAAAUCUGAACCUAUUAAAAUUUCCAGAAAUAUUUCCAAUAGAUAAUGCAUAAAAUAUGUAUUUAUAAAAUCAAACUCUCGUCUCGUGGUUACAUCAGAACUCAAGUGUUUAUGAGGCUUGUUAUUGUUUACACGUUUGUUGAUCCAGAACCAGAGGAGAAUUCCUGCCUUGUUGAUGUUGUCCUGUGUUAUACUGUUUAUGUCUGGUUGUGGUUUAGUCUCGUCCAUUUGUACGAUUUUCAUUCUGUAAUGGAAAAAAUCAUGUUGAAAUUUUACGUGAUUGUGUUGAUUAUUCGCUUAUAACAUCCCACAUUUUAUAAAUAUGUAUGUGUAUUUUUUCUUCCAUACUUGAUCAUUGUUUUUCAAAGCUGUUCUUACUUGAAAUUGCUAUAUAUCGGUAAAUAUUUUGAAAUAUUUCAGUUGACAAGAUUUCAUAAACUUCACUAUUUGUUAUUCAAAUUGGAUUCGGGGGAAUUUUUAACUUUUCAUUUGUUUCAUUGUACUGUGUCUCUCAUCCUGGCAUUGGCCAUUACCUCCAAUUGAAGCACAGGAAAAUUUAAACAGUAAUUCAUUAGAAAUUUAAAAAUGAAUGGGUCCAUUUCUCGAGUUAACUUAUUUAUUAUUAAAAUAUUUCGGAGGAUAAGUUCUCGGUAAACAUGGUACCCAUCUGAGUAACUAGGUAGAUUGAUCAUAGAUGAAUGUCUUGCUUGGGGACGGGAUACCAAUGGUUUCAGCACCCUCGACCUAAUAUAACCUUAAUCUACUGUUGCCAUGCUGCUUCUAAGCUAUUAAAUCAUAGUAACAUUUUUCUAGUGAAUGGCUUUGACUAAUAUUUU